AUGGAUAGUAUUCCAUUCCAUGUGAGAUGUGGUCUGGGUGGACAUACAAUAUUUUUGGGUUCCAAAUCAAAGGAAAAUGACAAGUUCCGACUCCAAGAGGAAAAGGUGGCAAAAGAUUUGGAGCAUUAUAUUCCUGGUGUUUCCAAAAAUGGAAAAUUGAUUGGCAAUACUUGUAAUGCUGAUAUUGACCUGGUGACAUCUCAGUUGCAUGUGAAGAAUAAGAGUGGUAACAGUAGUGGUCAAUGCGUUGUGGUUAACUGCGACGAGAAGGGUAAAGGGGGUCUAGAGACAGGAGAACCCAUCAAAAUCUUUGUUGGAAUAUUUUCAGGAAAAUUUGGAAGUAGUAUUGAUGAUGAUAAUAAGAAUAAUAGUAUUAUUGCCGAUGUGAAUGUGAAUGGAAUGGUUGUAGGUGAACUUCGGCAGAAGGAAUCUAAGUGUAAAGAAGGGAAAGAGUUUCCGUUUAAGUGCUUUAUUGGAUUUGUGUUUGAACAGUUGAGUCAGAAUUUGCUGAAGUUUGAUGUGUCAGCUCAAGAAAGCGAGUGCAAGAGCCGUGACACAGCAUCUUCUAAUCCGACUGCCACCAAUCAGUUUGAUCAUUUAUGGGCUCUUGCUAAUAUUUUGGAAGGUAAGAGAGCAGAUGUUAAUGGAUUUCUGGGGAACUUGAUGUUUGCACGAGUGGGAGGUAUGCCAUCGAGUAUUGUAGGAGUGAUACCUUCUGUGAAGGAAGUGAGUGAUGAUGGAGUUGGCUCUGCUGUUACUCAGGAAGAGAGUGGAGGCAAUUCGCCACAAAGGUUGGCUAAUGGGUUACUUAGCAUUCCAUUGUCCAACGUUGAGCGUUUGAGAUCGACUCUCUCCACUGUGUCAUUGACAGAGUUAAUUGAGCUUUUACCUUAG